AUGGAAACUUACUUGAAGUCUCUUGAUCUUUGGGAAGCCGUGGAAGAGGAUUAUGAAAUUAAUCCGCUGCCAAAUAAUCCCACCGUGGCCCAGAUCAAGAGUCACAAGGAAAAGAAAAUCAUAAAGUCGAAAGCAAAAGCAACAUUGUUUGCUGCUAUUUCGAUAAGUAGAAUGAAAGAGUCAGAAACAGUCAAUGAAUACUCUGAUAGAUUGUUUGGAAUUGUCAAUAAGGCUGACGAAGAAAGGAGACUUUUGAGGCAAGAUCGCAUGGUUGAAGGAGCUUUAGUAGCCAGCCACAAAACUCAAAGCAAGGGUAAAAUUUUUAAAAAUUACCAACCUUGUCAGCACUGUGGAAAAAAUGGACAUCAUCCAUAUAAAAGUUGGAAAAGACCAGAUGCACAGUGUAAGAACUCCAAACAACUUGGUCAUGAAGCUGUGAUUUGCAAAAGCAAAUUUCAAAAAGAUGAAACAGUUGCCCAAGUUACUACUGAAGAAGAAGAACAAGACCACUUAUUUGUGGGAACUUGUUUUUCAACCAAAAAAUAUGAUUUUUGGAUGAUUGAUUGUGGUUGUACAAACCACAUGACAUAUGAAAGAAAUCUUUUUAAAGAGUUCAUUCCUAUGGAAAAUAAGAAAGUCAUAAUUUGUUAUGGUGAUUGUAUUCCUACAAAAGGAAAAUUGUCUGUUUCAAUUAAAACAAAUUCAGGUACAAAAAUAAUUUCAGAGGUUCUUUAUGUGCCUGAUAUUGAUAAAAGUUUGUUUAGUGUUGGUCAGCUAACAGAAAAAGGAUUUAAAUUAUUAUUUGGAGACAAAUAUUGUCGAAUUUUUUAUUCUACUAAGCAAGAGUUUUUACAAGUUGAAAUGAGAAGUAAGAGCUUCUCAUUUAAUCCAACAGAAGAUGCACACAAGCCUUGCAAGACAGAGGAUGAAUUAGCAGAUUUCUUCACAAGGUCAAUUUCAGAUGAGACUGCAAUCUACAAUUCCUGA